GUUGGUUAGUCUCCAGGGGCGGGACCAGAUUUUUGGGGCUCUGAAUUGUCAAACAGGGACGUCUCUUUGCUUCCGAAGUAGGCGGAUUUUAACGUGGCUGAAGUCUGCUCCGCGGAAUCAUGGCCAAAGGCAGGAGGCCCAAGAUGUCCAAGGCGGCCAAGCAAAGCGGCGGCGGCGGCGGCAGCGCUGACGGCCCGGCGGAGGGGGGCGCCGAGAAGCGGCCCGCCGGCCGGCCCAGGAUGAACGGGGAGAACAUAUUUUCUUGUCAGUCCAAAAUCUACACCUACAUGAGUGUGAACAAAACUCCCACUAUUCGACCGCCGCUCCAAGAAGAAAACUCCACCGCACAUCAUGAGGCCAAAUGCCCUGGCAAAACUGUGAACGAAAGCUGCAGAAAAGGAGAAGGUAGAAUCAAUAUCGGCAACGCAAUAGAUGACGCCGUGAAAUCUGAAGGCCAGAAUGACAAAGAAAGUGGGGGUGAAUCUCCAGCAUCCGUCUCGAAUCAAAAACAAGAGGCCACAGAAACUCAAAAGCCCCUGCCCGCCGAGUCUGCUGUUGCAGCGAAUGCAAAAGCAGUGCAGAAAAAGGGAACAAAAACGAAGCCUGCUCCUAAGAGAAAAGCUCAAGGGAAGACCCAACCGAAUCGGAAGGUGACAGAUUAUUACCCUGUUAGAAGGAGUUCUCGGAAGAGCAAAAAAGAAUUGCAGUUAGAGGAGAAGAAGCAAAUCGAUGAGUUAAUAGAAAGUGGGAAAGAAGAAGGCAUGAAGAUUGACUUCAUUGAUGGCAAAGGGCGAGGGGUCAUUGCAACCAGGCAUUUUAACCGGGGAGAGUUUGUGGUCGAAUAUCAUGGGGACCUCAUAGAGAUCACUGAUGCCAAGAAGCGAGAAGCAGUGUACGCCCAAGACCCUUCCACUGGCUGCUAUAUGUACUACUUUCAAUACCUAAGCAAAACGUACUGUGUUGAUGCUACGAAAGAGACCAAUCGCCUGGGAAGGCUGAUCAAUCACAGCAAAUGCGGGAACUGUCAGACGAAACUCCAUGACAUUGACGGCGUCCCACACCUCAUCCUGGUCGCUUUGCGUGACAUCAAGGCUGGCGAAGAACUCUUGUAUGACUAUGGAGACCGGAGCAGAGCCUCUCUAGAGGCUCACCCGUGGCUAAAACACUAGCUCAUUUUGUUCUGGAAAGAGCCAUUUUUUCCCCCAAGGGGAUUCAAUCGGCUUUGUUUACAGCACUCUUUGCGGAGAUGUUUCCAGGGUCUACUCUGUAAUUAUUUAAAAAUGACUGUUGCAAGGUUUCUUCACCCACCGCUCCACUCCGGGGCAGGCCUGAAACAGACCUCCCGACUUGUUUAUAUACUGGACUGGUCAGGCAUUUCAGCCUCCCAUCCUUUCACAUACAGAUAGGUGAACUGAUCAGUGUUUCCUGAUUGCAGCCGUUGGGAUUAAUACAGAAUUCUGUAGUGGGGUGCAGCUGACCGGGUUGAGCCAUGCUUCGGCUUGGCGGAGGGAAAAGAAUAAUCUAAAGUGAAUUCCCACAAUAUGGCAAAUGCUGAUAAUCCCUGCUGAUCCUCAGAAAAUGGGUAUUUUUUUUCUUAAUGUCUGGGCAUGCAGUGAUGAGCUGGCCCGCACAUCCUCGCCAUGGAAUUCCACUGUUGUCCUUCCAGCCUCUGCAUAGGCAGGGGUUCCCCUCUGGGUAGGGGGACACAGAAACAAAAAUGCUUUCCCUGCUUCUUGCUGGUGGCAGUUUCCCCCCACAGCUUUCCAGAUGCUGGGGCGGGCUGUAUUGAUUUUGCUGUGUUUCUGACUCGUGGCAACGCCAUCUGGCCAGUGGGUCCUGGGCUAACAUGGUGCCAUUGAAGCCCAAAUGGGGAGCAAGGGUAACGUUUGCAUGUGAGCUCCAGCACCCAGGAGAGGGGAGAAGGCCAGCAAAAAUGGCAGUGAAGGAGAGGGUUGCUUCCCUGACACUGGUCCUUUCCCUAAGCCAGUGGUGGCGAACCUUUGGCACUCCAGAUGUUAUGGACUACAAUUCCCAUCAGCCCCUGCCAGCAUGGGCAAUUGGUCAUGGUGGCAGGGGCUCAUGGGAAUUGUAGUCCAUAACAUCUGGAGUGCCAAAGGUUUGCCAACAUGGCCCUAAGCCUAUAUCAAGCCUGGCUCCAGACUUUUGGUCCUGCCAGCGACUGUCGCGUUCAGAGGACUCUCGUCGUUCCCGAGGGCUUCUCUGACUUUUCAGGCACUUGUGAGGUUUCAUCUGGGAUUGUCAUUGUUUGUACGUAUGCAUCCAUUCUCACUGUCUUGCAUCCCAGUUGUAGGGGAUGGUAGAUCCUCCAAGGGGGGGGAUUAAUGCUAGCUAGGAUGCACUUGUGAUUCCUGGGUAGGCAAGUAGAUAGAGGAAGGGGGCCCGAACCCCAGUGCGGAUGACUGCAAAGAAGUUCCUUGCGCAUGAAUGGGUGUUCCUCCUCUCACUGUGGCCACAGAUGCUGCUUCCUAAUCUCCGCUCUCCCUUUGCUGAUCAUGUUUCAAGAAAGGCAGUUCAGCCAGGUGGGACCAAACGGCACCUAACUCGUGAAGCCUGAUUUGGACAUCCCCUUGACUUGCUGGUUGUCUGUUCUCUGGUAAGCCUGGCAUGGGAGGGGUCCGGGGUGUGAUCAAGUUGUAAGAUAAAGGGAAAACUUGCUGAGGGAGUGGAUGAUUGGCGGGCCCUGAAUGGCUUGUUCCAGUUGCUGCCAGUCACGUGUGCCACCGUACUGUGUACAGCAGGGGUGGCCAACUUAUGGUUCUCCAGAUGUUCAUGGACUACAAUUCCUACCAGCCAAUUGGCCGUGCUGGCAGGAGCUGGUGGGAAUUGUGGUCCAUGAGCAUCUGGAGCGCCAUAGGUUGGCCACCUCUGCUGUACAGGCUUCCUUGCUGAGACCCGUGAAUCCUAUCCACUCUGGAAUUCUUGCACCGAGAAACUACUCUGGAAUUCUUGCACCGAGAAUCCUAUCCACUCUGGAAUUCUUGCACUCUGGAAUUCUUGCACCGAGAAACUAGCAGGCGGGUUUGCGGGUCUCGGUGUCUGUGUGUGUGUGUGCAGAUAACGGGUAUUGCGUCGACUGUGGCCCCAUCAUGGUAAGGCCACUGUUUGGUUUUGAUCAUGGCCAGAUGGCGGGAAGAGCCUGGCCUCUUUUCAACAAAGGCUUCCUUGCUGAUGCUGCCCGGCACCCAAGCCUUGCCUAUUUUGCUGGGAGAAGAUGCCCACGGCUGUGUGGUUUUUUUUAAAAGAGAAGUGAACUUCACUCCAGAGAUGGCUGGAUGUUUUUAUCUUUUUAACGGAUGGCAUUUGAUCCACUUGGACACGUGAAGCUGAACGAUGGUAACAGAACUGAAGAAUUCUGCUUCUUUUUCAUUCUCAACGAGGGACGGAAAAAACCUUGGAAAACACUGAUGUUUUCCUGCGGGUCGGUGGCUGGAAUCAGUGGAAGCUGUGCAAGGAACAAGUUUUCCGCAAUCCGCCUUCGAAUCUUAAUCAGUUCUGGUACAAUUAUGAAAUCACUGCUGGAAUCAGGUCCUCGGAAUUAGGAGCCUGCCUUUUUUCCGCCGGGUGUUUGUGUCUGACUGGUCCAUGCUCCUGAGGUUGAUUCAGCACUUCACAGAAGAGGAGGGCUGGGAGGGUGCCUCUCUUCGGCCUUGGAGGAGUUUUGUACCUUGGCCAAGUUAGGAAGGAAUCUAGCACCUUUUGAAAGGGAGGAGGCCUUGCUUCCAGCACAGUUCUGGGGCCUGCCGGUGGUAAAAAACAACCCUGUGGUGAUUGCGGAAAGCGCUCUGUCCAUAUUCUUCCUGGCAAAUAAGAAUUUGCUGUGUUUGGGCCAUUUCCCCUGCCAUCAUUCCCUACCACAUGGGAGCCAGGGAGGGGAUGUGGCAGUUUCGGGCCUUGUCUUUUGAUGGCUUUGUGUUUUCCAACGUGAGAUCUCUUCCUGUUUUAUGUGACACACCGGGGGUCGGGGGGGGGGGGGCUUUUGGCUACACUAAGGGAGUUAGUGGGUAUUUGCUUCAGAAAAUCUCACUCUUGACUUCCCCGUUGUAUGCUUUGAACAACAAUUGGGGAUAGUGGUGGGGGGAAAUAUGGGGUCUGGCUUCAUAUUGUAUUUUUUAAAAGCAAAAAAAAAACACUUGAAAAUAUUUCUGUGUACAAAUAAAUGAAAUAAAAGUGAGCUAUUUAUUAACAGGGAA